AUGUUAAUGCAAAUUGUUGUCAAUGCCAAUACCAAUACCUUAUACCUUAGCUCUCGGAAUGGAAGUUGUAAUAACAAUUAACAAUUUAACAUAACAAAUGAAACAACUUACCCUCCUCUCCUCUGCCUUUGCCUGCGAUCUUUGUUUUGUUGCGUAACCCCAAUGCCAAUGCCUAACAAAACAACAACUAGUCUGUUUCUGUUUCUUCUUCUUCUUCUUCUUCUUCUUCGUUCAACAAUGUCAAUCUCAUACAUUAACAACAAUGGAUCGGAUUUUGUUUCUUCUAACUUAUAACCCACAUUCAUUCACCGGCUCCUCGCCUUUCUAGAUCAGAAUUUCUCUCUUUCCAGAACAGCUCCUCUCUGUCACCCCAAAAACCCACUCGCCAUUUUUUUCAUUCAUUUGGGGAUCUGUCUUCUAGUUCUCUCUUUAAUUUCCGUCGUGAUUGAUUGAGUUAGAGGGUAAUUAAUUUAUUGCAUGCCGCGGCGAGGAGGAGGAGGAGGAGGAGGAUUCAGAUUUUGCAAAUUCAAUUUGCAUCUGCCUUGUCUUAUGGGUUGCAUAUGCUCCAAGGGAAAAUCUACAAAUGAUUAUGUUGCUGCUGAUAACCACCAUCACCAUCUCCAUCUCACACAAACACAAAUACAAACAGAUUCCAAACCAAAGCAUUCAGACAAUGACACUGCUACUGCACGCCUCAUUACCCAUGCCGCCUCCACUCCCAUUUCCUCCGACGAAGACAAGAAUGCAAAAUCACUCCAACCUAAGGUCUCUAGGAUAUUCAGUGUCACUAGAGGGGAAAGAGGGGCGCAGGUUCUUGCUGGCUGGCCUUCUUGGCUCACUGCUGUUGCAGGCGAAGCCAUUUCUGGUUGGAUACCUCGCAGAGCUGACUCAUUUGAGAAGUUGGAUAAGAUCGGACAAGGAACUUACAGCAGUGUUUAUAGAGCUCGUGAUCUUGAAACAAACAAAAUUGUUGCAUUGAAGAAGGUUCGAUUUGCUAAUAUGGAUCCAGAAAGUGUUCGCUUUAUGGCAAGAGAAAUUCUUGUACUGCGAAGGCUUGAUCAUCCAAAUGUCAUGAAGCUUGAAGGCAUGAUUACUUCAAGGGUUUCUGGUAGCUUGUACCUUAUUUUUGAAUAUAUGGAGCAUGAUCUUGCAGGGCUUGCAGCAAGACCCAGCAUCAAUUUCACUGAAGCGCAGAUCAAGUGUUAUAUGCAACAGCUUCUUCGAGGUCUUGAGCAUUGUCACAGUCAUGGUGUUAUGCACCGUGACAUCAAGGGCUCAAAUCUUCUGCUUGACAAUAAUGGCAAUCUAAAGAUUGGUGACUUUGGACUUGCAACUCUGGUCCAGCCAUCUCAAGGGCAGCCAUUAACAAGUCGUGUAGUAACCUUGUGGUACAGACCACCUGAACUUUUACUUGGAGCUACAGAUUAUGGAGUUGCUGUGGACUUGUGGAGUGCUGGUUGUAUUCUUGCAGAACUGUUUGCCGGGAAGCCUAUAAUGCCUGGACGAACAGAGGUGGAGCAACUUCAUAAAAUUUUCAAACUUUGUGGAUCUCCUUCUGAAGAAUACUGGAAGAAAUCAAAGCUACCACAUGCAACAAUUUUCAAACCUCAACAACCUUAUAAACGUCUUGUUUCUGAGACAUUCAAAGAUUUCCCCUCAUCAGCACUGAGCCUCUUGGAGGUCCUACUUGGUAUAGAACCAAAGGAUAGAGGAACUGCAUCUUUAGCACUUCAGAAUGAGUUCUUCACAGCAAAGCCACUUCCUUGUGAUCCAUCAACUUUGCCAAAGUACCCACCAAGUAAGGAGUUUGAUGCCAAACUUCGGGAAGAAGAAGCUAGAAGCAGACGGAGAGCUUCAAAUAAAGGACAUGGACAGGAAUCAGUUGGGAGGAAUUUUAGAGAGUCUAAUGUUGUGCCAGCAUCUGAUGCUAAUGCUGAGCUUCAGGCUUCAAUGGAGAAGAGACAAGAGCAGUCCAAGUGCAUUAGUGAGAAAUUCAAUCCUGAAGAGGAUGGUGAUUAUGGCUUCCCUCUUGAACCUGCAAAGCCAAGAGCACUCAGUGUCUUCUCUCAUUCUGGCCAGUCAAUGCACCCAACUGCAUAUGGAUCCUCACGCAAUAUGAAUUUAAAACAGGAAGAUGUUCUUACUGGCACUGACCAUGCUGUUAAAUCAAGAAACUGUGAGUUGAGAAAACAAAAAUCCUACUGGCAUGGUAGCACAAAGUUGUCAAGAUUUUCUAGUUCAGUUGCAGUUCGAGGUGAUUUGCGGCUUGAUAUGAGCGGAGACUGUAGUGUAAAUUCACAGUGGCCAGAGGAUCACUUUGGUAUGAGAUGUAGUCAUUUGCCUGAUGAUGAGUCCAACCAAUUGUUGGAUGGACCCAAGCCUUCACGCAAGAAGGAUUUCCAUCUAAAUGGGAAUGAUCGUGCUAUGAGCAAUGCUCCCAAAAUGAGCCGCACACACUAUUCCGGACCAUUGCUGCCUCCGGAGGAUAAUCUUGAAGAAAUGCUCAAGGAGCAUGAAAGACAAAUCCAACAGGCUGUCCGCAAAGCUCGUUUGGAUAAGGACAAGAUUAAAAAGGUUGACAGUGAGAAUAGUCUAACCCGAUCUCUUUUUUACAAGUGACUUUGAAGAUUUAUUGGGUUGAGGACACUUGAACACAAGGUGCAAAGAUGAAUAUAUGAUUGGGAAUGAAUAAAAUCUUGAUGCUGAGAGAUGACUAAUACUCAUGGGACUUGUUCACACCAGAUAUUUAUAACUACCAUAAAAGGUAUCGUACAGAGUUCUAACAAGCAAACUUACAUGUUUCAGGACGGUGGAUAGCUAUAUAGCAAAUGAAAUCCAUGGCGAUUGACUGUAUAAUAAAUAGUUUAUGGUUUUUACUAAACUAACACACUAGCAAGUUGUUUGCCAUUUUCCAUGGCAUUACUUUGUACAUUUAAAACUGACUUUGUCAAUCACAUUUUCUUCGUUUAAUGAAUAGGCUUGUCGGUUAUUCAAGUUUUACAUGCAUGUUCAGAGGUAGAGGAAACCAUUAGCACAAGAAAUUCCGAAGCUGUUAUAGACAUACUAUUUCCAUCAUGGGAAUGUAGAUGACCAAAUUAAAUGCUAAAGCUCACUGAAUUUUAUUGUCUUUCUUUAGGAUUAUUAUUUGCUGGAUGAU